GUGUCAUCGUCAAUGUGAGUCACCCCAGUCGACUUCCUCGAGCCUUGGCUGAUCUCUGUGACGGCUUCUCAUCAAACUAUGAACUCUUGAUAAACGCAAACAGUGCUGGAAUUUGGCGCAAUUCUCCUUCUACACUUUCCAACGAGAGGACUUCAUCAAGGAGAAACGCUAAGACAACCACAACAGCACCAAAAUGGCGGACGAUGAGCGGCCGCCAGCCCCUCCUAUCCGACUCACUUCCAAAGCAGAAUCUUCUCCGGCUUCUCGUCCCUUACCAAGCGCUCCGAUUGAAGAGAAGAAGAAGAAAACCGCAACGUUUAGGCUAUUCCCAACUAAGGGAGAAUAUAAUAAGAAGAAGCCGGAAAUAUCCUACCCUACCCAGUUCGAGCAUACGAUUCACGUUGGUUUUGAUCCAGUGACGGGAGAAUUCACGGGUAUGCCAGAAGCAUGGGCAAGGUUAUUGCAAGUGUCAAAUAUCACCCAAGCAGAACAAAAGAAAAACCCACAGGCUGUAUUAGAUGUGUUGAAUUUUUAUGACAGUAGUAAGGACAAAUCAGACAAUACCAAGUUUAUGACAACAGUCAAACCUUAUGCUCGCAGUCAUCAUUCUUCUUCUUCUUCUUCCUCUGAACAAAUCUCACCACGGCGUAGGCCUAUACCUCAAUCUGCCAGUAGCCCAUCAGCAUUUGACGCAACCAAGUCCCUUUCAUGUUCACCUUUUGGUUGUUCUGCCCCUAAAACUCAGUCAUUAAAUCGUAAAGGAAGCUUUCGAUUAAAACUUAAACGAAGUUUGUCAAAGAAGCGCAGAAAGUCUCUGCCUUCCAAAACAAACUGUAAUAAUUGUAAAGAUAUACCUUCACAAGAACCUAUAACCCAAAUAAAUGAUACUGGACGUAAAUAUUCAUCUCCAACUAUGUCUGCCGAAGUUCCACGUUGUGCAUCACCUGAAAGGCUAUCAUCUACUUCGCAUUCAAAUACGAGUUCUGUAACAGAAUCAUCACCUGCGUCUCUUGGUGAAGACUUAGAAAGCGCACUAAAUUUACAUGCUGAUCGCUUGAGCAAUCAUCAUUCAGAAUGCAAAACCUCCAAAGAAAUGAGUGCAGGACAGACACAUGCAAGGCCUCAACUAGGUGAUCAGACGUAUGUCCCACCACCUCCACCUCAUGCUACUCCAACUCAUCCAAUGGCACCACAAGAAACAUCUAAUCAUGCAGAACCUGAGGAUGAAGCACUCCCACCAGCAAUACCAACACGUCCAGAAAUAACUAAAUCAAAGUAUAUACCUAAUGAGCCUAUAAAAGCCAAACCUGACCAAGAUGAUAAAGUAAAUGAACAGACAGGAAAAACUCCACAUCCCCAAGCACGGGAUAAGAAGAAGAAAAAGAUGUCAGACGAGGAAAUUUUAUGUAGACUUAGGACCAUUGUUAGCAUUGGUGAUCCUAAAAGGAAAUACACAAAGUUUGAGAAGAUUGGACAAGGUGCAUCAGGAACAGUUUACACUGCAAUAGAAGUAGCCACAGGGCAUGAGGUAGCAAUAAAGCAAAUGAACUUGUCACAACAGCCCAAGAAAGAGCUGAUUAUCAAUGAAAUUCUGGUGAUGAGGGAGAAUAAACACCCCAAUAUUGUGAACUAUGUUGAUAGUUAUCUAGUUGGUGAAGAGUUAUGGGUAGUCAUGGAGUACCUUGCUGGAGGAUCAUUAACAGAUGUUGUUACAGAAACAUGCAUGGAUGAAGGACAGAUAGCUUCAGUUUGUAGAGAGUGUUUACAAGCUUUAGACUUUCUGCACAGUAAUGGCGUCAUUCACAGAGAUAUUAAAAGUGAUAAUAUCCUUUUAGGGAUGGAUGGACAAGUCAAAUUGACUGAUUUUGGUUUCUGUGCUACAAUAACACCAGAGCAAAAUAAGCGCUCAACUAUGGUUGGUACACCAUACUGGAUGGCUCCAGAAGUUGUUACACGAAAACAAUAUGGACCAAGGGUUGAUAUAUGGAGUUUAGGUAUAAUGGCAAUAGAAAUGGUUGAAGGAGAACCACCAUAUCUGAAUGAAAAUCCAUUAAGAGCCUUGUAUUUGAUUGCUACAAAUGGUACACCAGAACUUGCCCAUCCUGAGAGGUUAUCUCCUGUAUUCAAAGACUUCCUAGCAAAAUCAUUAGAAAUGGAUGUAGAUCAGAGAGCCUCUGCAAGGGAAUUACUCUUACACCCUUUCCUUAAGCAGGCCAAGCCUUUAGCCAGUUUGGUACCCCUAAUUCUAGCUGCAAAAGAAGCCACCUCACGUCAUUCCUAACUGGUUUGGCACUAAAUUGUUAGUAAUAGCUUAUGAUAAUAAUAAUUAUUAUAGACUAUUAAAAGCUCAGGGGAGCUAGUUUAUUUUGAGAAUAUGGUGUUAAUACCAAAUUAUUUUGUUGGAUUUUAGUUAUUGUAAAUCUUAUGUUCAAAUUUAACUUUUCAACAAAGAUGUUACACGCUACAGAGAUUUUAAAAUUUAUUUUUUAUCAUGAGCAAUCAUUUUUCCAUAUAUUACUUUUAUUAAUUAUAACCCCAAUGGAAAUCCUAACACAAAAGACAUGAUUGGAAAAUCAUUUGUAACAAAACACAAAACUGUAGUUUUCCAAAGCAUUUGGAAAUUUGUGUGAAUAAGCCCAAAGGGAACUUGUAAAUUUUUAUUGAAAUUACAUUUUAUAUCAUAGCAAGGUUUCCUGCAUCAUGACAGGUUCCAUGUAUGAAUAUCUAUAACUCUGAUAAUAGUUAUCAAGCUAAUUAAAGGAAUGUGCAAAUAAAGAAAAAUAGGAAGUGUUGAAUAGCUAUUGUUGUUGCUUCUUAUUAUUUUGUUUUUAAGAGGGGAAGCUGUUUGUCAUUGCAACUUAUAGGUAUUAUUGCAUGAAUUUGCUCUUGACCUUCAAAUACUUGUGAAAGCUUCAUCAAUGACGAUCAUCCACCACUUUGGGUUGAUUGUUUAAAUUAUUAUUUUUUUAAAUAAAGGCAUAGGAGAAAA